AUGCUAACAUCUAAAGUAUUUGUGAAGAAAACAAAGAAAGGGGGUGUUUUGAAAGUUGUCAGAGAGCAUUAUCUGCGAGAUGACAUAACUUGUGGAUCUCAACACUGUACGAAAUGCGAUCACAAUAAAAAUCACACGACAUACGAUGAUCAAGAUGAUGGGGAUGACUUGAAAAAUCAACCUCUGGUUUUGUCUCCUAAAAGUGACAGUGAAUUAUGUCCUGAACCUCACUAUAUUAUUCCUGAUACCAAUGUAGUUUUGCAUCAGAUUGAUAUAUUAGAGGAUGAGUCUCUACAGAAUUUUAUUAUUCCACAAAUAGUUGUUGAUGAGGUGAAACAUAGAAGUUUGCCAGCUAAUAAAAGAUUAAAAGAUAUUUUAUCUAAUUGUAGUAAACAUUUUUACACUUUCUGCAAUGAAUACAACAAUGAAACGUACAUAGAAAGACAAGCAGGAGAAUCAUCUAAUGAUAGAAAUGAUAGAGCUAUAAGAAAAACAGCUAAAUGGUAUACUGAACAUCUAGCUGAAUACCAAGAUGAUAUUAAAAUAAUCUUACUCACUGAUGAUAAAGACAAUAGAACAAAGGCUAUAGAAGAGGGAAUUAAAGCAUUUACAGUCCAUGACUACAUUAAAAGUUUAAAGAAUGGAGGAAACUUGGUUGAUAGAUUAGCUUGGAAAUCUUCUGCUGGAAGUCAACAAGAAGGUAAAUACAUCUACCCCGAACACUUACCAACAUCAGAAGUUUUAAAAGGUGUAAAGAGUGGGAAGUAUUUACAAGGUAGUUUUAUGGCCAGUAGAGAGAAUUAUUUAGAAGCCAGUGUUAACGUAACAGAUUCAGAAAACUUUGUUUUAAUCCAAGGUCACCAGAAUUUGAAUCGUGCUGUUCAUAAUGAUAUUGUUGCCAUAGAGAUGCUACCUAAAGAAGAAUGGAGUUGUCCCAGCUCUCUAGUGUUAGAAGAUACAGUUAGUGCUGAAACUGAUGAUGUUCUAGAAGAUGAUUUGAAAUUAAAGAAUAAAGUUCCUGAACACCUCCGUCAACCAACAGGCCGGGUGAUUGGUAUUAUUAAAAGAAAUUGGAGGCAGUAUUGUGGUAUACUGAGACCAUCUCUACUGAAAAAGGGAACUAAACACAUCUUUAUACCAGCUGAAAGAAGAAUACCCCGAAUUAGAAUAGAGACAAGACAGGCUGAAGAUUUGGCCAAUCAAAGAAUCAUAGUAGCUAUAGAUAGCUGGCCUAGAUCCUCUAGAUAUCCACAGGGUCACUUUGUACGUAAAUUGGGAACGAUUGGAGAUAAAGCAGCUGAGAAUGAAGUAUUAUUAUUAGAACAUGAUGUACCUCAUCAAGUUUUCUCUGAAAAAGUUCUCAGUUUUCUACCCAAAAUGCCUUGGUCUAUAACAGAAGAGGAUAUGAAACGUCGUACUGAUUUAAGACAUAUAGUUGUAUGUAGUGUAGAUCCUCCAGGUUGUACUGAUAUUGAUGAUGCUCUACACUGUAGAAAACUGGAUAAUGGUAACUAUGAGGUUGGUGUUCAUAUAGCUGAUGUAUCACAUUUUAUAAGACCAGGUACAGCUUUAGAUGAUGAAGCUGCUAAUAGAGGAACUACAGUCUAUCUUACUGAUAAGAGGAUAGAUAUGGUACCAGAAUUACUCAGUUCCAAUCUGUGUUCUUUACGCUGUGAUGUUGAAAGACUGGCCUUUACUGUGAUAUGGGAAAUAAAAGAAGAUGCUACUAUAGUCAAUACAAAGUUUAUGAAAAGUGUCAUCAACUCAAAGGCAUCAUUAAUGUAUAGUGAAGCUCAAGCUAGAAUAGAUGAUAAAACAAUGAAUGAUGAACUAACUAUUAGUUUACGUGGGUUAAAUAGAUUAGCUAAAUUAUUAAAGAAAGGUAGAAUUGAGGCUGGUGCUCUGUGUUUAGCCUCAACUGAAGUACGUUUUCAAGUUGAUAGUGAAACAGCUGAUCCUAUUGAUGUGAAAACCAAACAAUUAUUAGAAACAAAUUCUAUGGUAGAAGAAUUCAUGUUGUUAGCCAAUAUAUCUGUAGCUAAAAAGAUAUUAGAAGAGUUUCCUAAUUGUGCUUUAUUACGACGCCAUCCUUCCCCACCACCAUCAAAUUUUGAACCAGUCAUUAAAGCAGCUUCAUCUAAGGGUUUCACUUUGGAUUGUUCAAGUAAUAAAAAACUAGCAGAGAGUUUAGAUAUAGCUGUGUUUGAAGAGAAUCAAUUUUUCAACACAAUGUUACGUAUCAUGACAACAAGGUGUAUGAUGCAAGCUGUAUAUUUCUGUAGUGGUAUGCUACCAGAAUCAGAAUUCGGCCAUUAUGGUUUAGCUGCUGAUAUUUACACCCAUUUUACAUCACCCAUUAGAAGAUAUUCUGAUAUAAUAGCUCACAGAUUACUAGCUGUUUGUAUUGGAGCUGAUGCUUCUUACCCUAAUUUACUGGAGAAGAAAAAAACACAGACACUGUGUAAUAAUCUCAACUAUCGUCAUAAAAUGGCUCAAUAUGCUGGUAGAGCUUCAGUUAAUCUUCAUACACAUUUAUUUUUUAAAUCACGAGUACAAGAUGAAGAUGGUUAUGUAUUAUUUGUAAGAAAGAAUGCUUUACAGGUUUUAAUACCAAAAUAUGGUUUAGAAGGAACAAUUUAUUUAAACAAUGACAAAAAAUCCAAAGUUCAAUUUAUUUAUAAUGAAGAGCAAGAUACUCAGACAGCUGGUAAUGUUGUAUUUCAUGUCUUUGAUCAUGUUGUAGUACAACUCAGCAUAGAUAGAUCUAAUGUUCAACAUCUUAAAUUAUCUAUACAGAUAGUACAACCAGAGGUAAUGAUAAUUGUGUGUAUUUCAAUCUGA